GCCCAAUUAACGUGCAGAUGUCAAUCGCCCCCAAAAGCGGUGCUGACUGUGUUACCGCAUUUCCAAGCUAAUUAUUCGACCUCGCGACCCCAAAUACGACGAUCACCAAGAAGUGCAGCAGGAGUGAUGCUCAAUGACGAGACUGCACAGCUGAACCCGAGCAAAAGCGAUUGGCUAAUGUACGGGACAUGUACGUAUAACUUGCCUUGUUCAUGUUCGAGGAAAAUUCCUCGCCCCCCCUCUCCCCCCCGGCGCAAGCAAUUAGAAUCUGCUUCUCUCAACAUGUAAAAUCCACUCCUCUCAAGAUGCAGUUACUCGGCGACUCUCAUUACUUGACAACCUUCAUCCUGGUGGGCACCGCCCUUUUAGCACCCAGAGCUAGCACCGCAUUCGACUUCCUCCAGACACACGACGGCUACCGCGUCGAUUCCAUCACCGAAGACCAAUUCCUCGCGGCCCCCUUCUCCCAACUCUGCCACUCGAGAAGCUGCUUCAAAGAUUGCCUCGACCACGCGCGCCUCUUCCAAGCCGUGCCCGACUACGUCAAUGCCACGGUCCAAGACUAUGGACAGCCCGAGAACGGGACGGGCGGCAACGUCAGCGUGACGCUCUUCGGGGUCUGCACCAAUUUCCUCAGCGCGCACAGGCUGGUAGACGCGGGAGGCGCGGAGCUGGACCCGAUCCGGCCCUUCUUCACAAUUGAGAAACACGUCCUUGGGGUGACCGACCCUUUCAGACAGGUUGCGUUGGGCGUCGCGGCUUGCGUCUCGGACACAUGUGGCCAGACUCGCAACCCAUCCCAGUGCAGGGCGGCGUGCGGGCUGAGGAGCCUGCUGAAGAACGACGUCCGAGCCAUUGAAUGGGAGGGGGCCAUGUUGGAUUGCACGAGAAGGCUGUGCAAAUCCGCUCAGGUCCUGCCGUAUGCGAAUCAGGAUGUUCUCGGCAUCGGCGUUCUAAUAUCCUACUAUAUCCAAGGAAUCCUGCUUCUGGUUGCUGCCGCCGGAGUGCUUGUUUCAUUGGCAUGCCGGCUUUGGCUUGGCCAGGGCGGCAUCAACUCCGCGGUGGUGCAGAAGCUCAAGAGCCCCAUGGCCACCUUCCUAACGGCGGAGACAUAUUUUAGCAUUUCUACCGCAAUCGCCGCCUUCAUCCUGAGUCCGCGAGCAAUCGAUCCCCUCAACGGCUACGCGCUCAUGGUAGUCGCCAUUGUGGGGUGCCUGUGCCCCGUGUUCACGCUGCUGCUCCUUCACUGCCUCAACGCCGCACGAGUGACUAGGUUCGGCACUGCCUUGACGCUCACCAGCUGGCUCUCGAACACGGUCGUCUUCUUCAUGUUGCUGCCGAACCUCUCGACGUUUGGCGAUAACGUUGCCGAAGACGCACUGAAGCAGCUAUUCUCCGUCCCGACCUGCGGCGAUUCCUCCGCCAUGUCCCUGUGUCAGCAGCUGACCGGAGAUAACCCCCUGCAGAGUCUCACCGGGUUCUUCGAGAGGAGUUCGUGGACGAACAUCCGCACCAUCCCGGUAGUUUGGGCCCUCACGACAGUCAUCCUACUAGCGAUGGUAGCUGAUGGAGCGCGGCACGUUGACGUCGACCGUCUUCUGCAUGGGAAGCAAAAACCCAGGCCGAAGGAGGAACAGACGAACUACAGCAGGCUUGACGAGACUCGACAACAAGAGAGCGACAGCAGCAGCCAAGAAGAACACAGUCCUCGAACCGGGAGACUCAUUGUUGCUGUUGUCUUCAUCAUGCUCUGCUCGGUUGGUCUCGGCUACAGUUUCCACAUGGUGACGAGAUUCCGUGACGUCAACGCUAUCGACACGCACGGCUGGUCCUUUGGCCAGGUGGUUGCUGCCGUGUUCUGGGUUCCCGUAUUCUUGGACGUGGCACAUUCCAUGAUCAGUGGCUGAAGUCUCUCGCAUAUCCCGCCGGCAUGACUCUAUUAGGGAUGAGGCGGGCAGGGCCGCUCGAUGAAGCUUACCUUGUGUUGGUGGGAUAAGAACUAGGAGCGUAUGUGACAGUGUAGAGAGACAAAGGGGGUAUGUUCUUACAGGAGGAAAUAAAGCGUAAUGAG